AACACUUGGUCACACAAACUCUUUUCCUGCCAAACUUCAACGGAGGAAGUCACGCUGUAUUUCUAACCCAUUUUUGGUAUUCAUUUUUUUGGAGAAUGAAGUCGCAGACCCAGAAAAAGAAUGCUCCCAAGGCCAAUUCUAAGGCGGGCCCACAGCCGUCGAAGAAAGCCCCAGCUAAGGUGGCCCCUGUAGAAACCGCCACCCCAUCUGCGGCUCCGCCUUUGUCCUCUAAAAAGGUGGCCAAAGCUCCGGCCGUGGCUCUGAAGAAUCUCGAUUUGGCCAUGAAGGAAUCGGCCAAGAAGGCCGCCGAAGCUGCUGACCAGAAGUUGGGAUCGCAGGCGAAGAAAGCCCCGAAUGCUUCUCGCAAGAACUUGAAGCAAGCGUCGGAACCCGUUGCCCCUGAGGUGGUCUAUAAAAAGAGAUCGGCGCCCCCUACACGUGUCGAUGCGGGAAAACCCGAGGGUGUUCCCGCCAAAAAGGCGGCCCUGGUGCAGGAAAAGCCCAAAGAACAAGCUCCCGCAGCACCAAAAGCCGAAAAAACCGAGGUUCCAGCAUCCAAAGCUAAAAGUGUCGCAAAGAAGGUCGCUACCCCGGCAACCACGAAGCCCAAGCCGAAACGCGCGAAGAAUGUUCUGCGUGGAAAAAGGCUGGGCAAAAAGAAGGCUUGGAAACGCUUUGUGAUCGACUGCGCAAUCGUGGCCGAGGAUAUGAUUCUCGACCUCGCUGACUUCGAGCAGUAUUUGAAGACCCACAUCAAGAUAAAGAACAAGCUCAACCAGCUGAAGGACCAGGUCACUUUCGAGCGCUCCAAGAACUUCUCGCUGAUCAUCCACUCCGGUGUGCACUUCUCCAAGCGCUACUUCAAGUAUCUGACCAAGCGGUAUUUGAAGAAGGUCAGCCUGCGCGAUUGGUUGCGAGUCGUGUCCACGGCCAAGGACACCUUCUCCAUGGCCUACUUCAAGAUCCAGGGCAAGGAUGAUGAUGACGACGACGACGACGUUGCCGACGACGUUGUGCGAAAAACCUUCGCCUAAAACAAAGAACGCAUUUGGAGAACUUGUAUAUCCCUUGAAAGCUGUUCUUCGAAAUUAAAUUUGUCAGUAUACUUCUGUUAAAUUCCCACUUGAAGUUUCAAUAGUUCUCAAUGUUUGCAAAUUUGCUUCAACAUAUUCAACCAUUAAAUAUCAAUAAAAAACCCUAAUAAAAGUACAUCAUAU